UUUACAAUGGAACAAAAUAAUCAUAAAAGAUCAGCAUUUGAAAAUUCCAAAAAUACUAUAUUUGGAUAUACUAUUGAAAUCGGAAAUACCACUUAUGAAAAUACUUUGGAAGAACGCAUACAAGCUGCUAAAAAUGCUUCGUCAAGUGCUAAACUAGCACAAAAACAAAUUUCUGAAGAAAAAUUAUCAAAUAAUAGGAAUGCAAAAGAAUGUUUAAAUGUUCAAAAUAAAGCUUUUGUAAAAUCAAUGAGCAAUGCUCAAGAGUUUAGAAUUAAAAAUAAACAAUUUUAUGCAUCUAUAAAUAAAACAGAUUUUCAAACUUCAUCUCAUAUUCCAUUACGAAAAAAUUUAACUAACACUAAAAAUAUAAACUCAAAYUUGGAAUCUAAAUACAAUACGWGUUUUUUAAAACCAACAUACAAAGGAGGUGGUUCAAUGCAACUUCGAUUAGAAGCUAUAAAAGCUAAUAAAAAGUUAUCUAAUAGAAAUUCGCAUGAAUGUAGUAAUACUUUAGAAUCAAAUAAUCCUUCAAAAAAUGUGAAUCUUCAAGAUAUCCCUCAUAUGAAAAAUCAUAGUUCUAUAUUGUGUAAUAAUAAUGUUCCUAAUCGCAAUGAAUAUAAAACUAGAUCAACUGUACAAAAAUAUCUUGAAGAAGUUAAAUAUACUGAACACUGUGAUCGUACUAAGGAUAUUACUAAUACACCAAAUCAAUCGGUUACAUCUGUACAAAAUAGACUUAUAAGUGCAAGAGAACAAAUGACUGCUAAAUCUAGAAAUAAUCGUGAAUUUAAUGUUUCAAAAUCUGGAAUAAUUAAGAAACCAUCAACAUGUGAAUUAGGCAAUAUUCACCAUGAUACAAAUACAUUGGGGCGUAACAAUAAAAACAAAACAAAACGGUUAAGCCAACCUAAUCAAAGUAUUAAGAAAAAGAAACCAGGACUUGUAUCAACCACAAAAAAAAUUAUUUUAAAUAACAAUUCCCUUAUUAAUAAAUGUAUUGAUCAACAGUUAUUGAAUGUACAAAAAAAACCAAUUGUACAGAUUUUAAAUAAUAAGAUUUCGUCUUCCCCUUCUUCUUCUGUGUCAGAAACAAUUGUAUCAACAAAAUUGGGAAAUCAAUGCACUUUAACAAAUUCAAAAUCUAAGGAACUUGACUCUUUUAGUUUUGUUAGGCCACAAACUUCUUGUCAUCAACAAACAUUUGAAAUUAAAAAUAAUACGCAAUUUAGUAAUGAUGAAUCUAUGGAAUGGGAAGAUAUAAUCGAAGCAAACGACAUAGUUGAAAAAGUUAAUGACUUGAGAAGAACCAAACAUGAAUAUGAACCUAUGGAAUGGACACCUGAUUCAAUCAUGCAGUGUGACAGCAUUAAUUACUGUUUAGUAAUUGAUACAAAUAUACUUUUAUCAGAUUUGAAAUCAAUUACUAUUCUUAUAGACAAAUAUUUAACUGAUUAUGGUUAUCCAACAAUUGUAUUACCAUGGCAAGUUUUAAAAGAACUUGACUGCAUAAAAAAUGGUGAAACUGCAAUUGCUUAUCGAGCACGUGAAGCCACCCGAUGGUUAUUAGACAUGCUUUCAAAACGUCAUCCAAGAUUAAAAGGUCAACCUAUGACGAAAAAAUCAUCCAUGAGUUCUGAUGAUGAUAUUUUAAGUUGUGCCAUGACUGUUAAAGAGAAAGUGAAUAUUGUAUAUUUAGUUACCGAUGAUAAAAUUUUAAACAUAAAAUCAGAGUUUAAUGGGAUACCAGUAAAAAAUUCAAUGUGGCUUCAAAGUUUAGUUACAAAUACAAAUCAAAAAAACUCAGACAUUUUCCAAGAGGCUGUUAAAAAUUAUCCAAUAAUUGAAAACAAAUCAAUUAUGAAAUUUGAACCUCAUUUAGAACAUAUUAUGGUGAGGGUCUUAAAAUAUGCUGUACGCCUUAAUACUAAAUAUUCAAUUCAUACACAAAAAUUAUGGUGGGAAAUAUACUCAUUGUCAAAACCAUUUAAUUUACCUCAAUUGUUGGAAACGCUAAAAGAACACUGGGAUAUAAUUGCACCUCAUCAAUUACUUAAAGCCCCCAAACAACAAUUGGAUUAUAUGGAAUAUUUUUUUAAUGAUCUUAAACAAAUCUCUCCUGAAAUUAGCCUUAGUUGGACUGAGUUUUACAAUUUUCUCAAGUACUGUACAGAAACUAUUAUUGCUUUACCUUAUGAAUAUUAUCAUAUUACUGAUGUACUUUUAUAUGAUUUGAUGAAAGCUAGAAGAUUUUUGAAACAGAAACUAGAUUGUACCACACCAGAUGAUAAGUCUUUUUAUUCGCUAAGUAAUUUAAGCAUUUCAAACAAUAAUGAUCUUAAUAUUGACAACAUUUUGUAUAAUAUUUCAAAAGCAGUUGAUAAAUUUUGCUCAUGUGUUUACGAUGAUAAUGGAUUUAAACGCGACUGGUCUGAAAAUGAUCAAAAAACUGGUGUUAUUAAAACAAUAAAUGUUGAUGAAAAAAUUAAUGACUAUUGUAGUAAAUUAUCAAAUAUCAUAAAAAUUAUGUUAAAAAUAAAGUUAUUAAAAGCUGAAGAAAUACUGGAAUCUCACAUAAUUAUUGAUGCAUUUUUAAAAGUAAUUACUGAAUUUGAUGACAAAUCUGUCAGCUUGAAUAAGGGAAAUGUCAUUGAUUAUUGUUUACUUAAAAAUAAAAAUUCUUUUUUUCAUAUUUUGAUAACCUUUCAAAAUAAUUUGGCAGCCAUGAAAAAUUUGAUUACUACCAUUAAGUCUUAGUAUUUAUU